CAUCAGGAGGUUGAGACGCCACUCUGCUCUCUCAGCUGCUGUCCUCGUGGCGUCCAGCUGCAAACACGAGCCAUUAACGUUUGGAAAACUCAGAGGAAAUAAGAUUUCAACAAAAUAUACAUUUUUUUAUUUAUUGUCUACUCACUGUGAGCGCAAUAAUGCAACUAAUGACUUCACGCCGGAGGAUGACACCGUCUUUUUCACUCACGGCGUUUGUUUUACUGACAACCUUGUUGUUGAAGGGUCUCAGGGUCAGCGGCUCCCCUGCGUGCGCGUCCUGUGGCAUCCCGGGGAUGGAGAAAGAAGCAGAGGAGAGGAUGAUGGUAGAGUUUGCCAAGCAGCAACUUUUGGACAAGCUGCACCUGAGAGAGAGACCAAACAUCACCCAAACGGUGCCCCGGGUCGCGCUCCUCACUGCGCUGCGUAAACUGCACUCUGGUCGCGUCAGGCAGGAUGGCACCCUUGAACUAGAAAACAACUCCCUAACCAAAGACCAAGGCUAUGAAAUAGUGAGCUUUGCAGAUAUAAAUAAUUCUGACAAUGGGGAUAAAGCCAGCCUCAGCCUCACCUUUCAGUUCCUGCAGGAACGUGGCAAGAGCAUCCAGGUCCUCCAGUCUUCUCUGUGGAUCUACGCCCACUCUUCUCAGGACCCUCACCGGACCUCCCGUCUCCUAGCCCGGGUCUUCCUCUCUGCAGUUGGAGAAGCCUCGGGAUCAAACCGCACCCUGGUGAUAGAGAAGAUGCUGGAAAUUCAGGAGAGCAACUGGCACACUUUUCCCAUCACCCGCACCUUGCAGGCUUUCCUGGAUGGAGGUGAACACCAGCUACAGCUUGAGGUCAGCUGCGAAGAAGAUGGGAAGAACCUGUGUUCUCUAGAUGCUUCUGGUGACUCCCCAAACCAGCCUUUCAUGGUGGCCCAGGUGCGUCUUCGUGACAACCCCUCCAAGCACCUGAUCAGGAAGCGGUCACUGCGGUGUGGUGAGCAUGUAACAGUGUGCUGUAAGAAGGACUUCUACAUCAAGUUCAAGGACAUCCAGUGGGAUGAGUGGAUCAUUGCACCUGAGGGGUACCACAUGAACUACUGCAUGGGUCAGUGUCCGCAGCAUCUGUCCGGUUCUCCAGGGAUAGCGUCCUCGUUCCACGCCACAGUGUUCAGCCAGCUGAAAGUCAACGGCAUCAACACGGCCGCGGCAUCGUGCUGCAUCCCCACUGAGCGCCGACCGCUCUCCAUGGUCUAUUUCAACUCUCAGCACAGCAUCGUCAAAACCGACGUCUCCGACAUGAUAGUAGAGUCCUGCGGCUGCACAUAGAAGACAACAGGAGAUGCUGUUAUCGUCACAUGUUUUAGAAUGUUUUUUGUUUUAGAAAAAAAGACUUGGAGAGACAAAAACUCAUAAACGCUACAGGUCUAUCAGCCUACAUUUGUAGUUUCCAUGCGAGAAACAGAAAAAAUUACAAAUGAAUUCUUAUUUUUGUAUGAUCUUCUUGUAAUUUACUACAAAAAAAUCUAUAUUUAUAGAGCUCUUUUUACAAGAAACAAACUGUGUUGUGACAUUCAGGAUGGUAGCGUUGAAAUUAAAUAUCAGAGGAAUUAUGACCACAAAUGCAACAUAUUACUGGGACAGUAAUAAGACUGAAAUAUCACGUUUUUAAAAUAGAAUGCAAAUGCUCCAAAACCCUCCACAUUGACUUUAAAAUUAUGCUAAGAUAGUCUAAUCUGUCAUUAAAAAUCACAUUUAUUUGCUUUUUAAACAAAUAUAUGAAUUUUUUUAAAGCCAGCCUAAUACAUUUUGCCAGUUUAUGCUGGAUGUGGAGCUUCAGCUCCACAACAAAUGUUGAUGUUUUAAGUUUAGGUCUGUCUUUGAUGUCUUUUGGAUUUAUUUUAUUUUAUGUUCAUGUUCUUAAUAAUGUUAGCAGGUCACUGGUCGGGACUGCACGCAGACCAGUUAAGCUGCUGGAUGAUUUUUUUUGUUUUGUUUUUGUUUUUAAUGACAAAGCCACCAGAUCAAAGAACGUUCUUCCUCUUUGCCUCCAAUCAUUUCUGCAGAUUUGUUCUUUACCAUUUGCAUCUUUUCUUCUUUAUUGCUGCCAUUUUAACUCAAAGCUUUUAAGGAGAAUUGUUGGGAUCCUUGAUCUAAAGUGUGCCUUCUUCUUUAACUUAUCAAGUGCAAAUUUUCAGAAGGACAUUUCUUAGCUGGAUGGAUCUGGUCCGAGCAGUUACGGUCAGUCCCAGCUGCAGUGAGUGUGUUUGCAAUAUUUAGAUAUCAACAUCUGCACUCUAUUCUUUACUCAAGUGGGUGAGUCAUGUAGGUACCUCUGACAGUUUAUGAACCCAAGGUCAUCUCACAGCAGUGUGAGCAAACAUUGCUUCAGUGCCUGCUGAUGUGAAGGUCUGCUCGGCAGGUGGGUCAACGAGCAUGUGCUGUUGCACGUUGGCAUUUAUAGCUUUCAAAGUCUAAAGUUCCUGGGAUGAUGUAAAUUUAGUAGCUUUCCAGUUACAACCAAGCCAGCUGUAUCUGUUUAUGGAAACGCCUCUGUUGCAGCACCAGAGCUCAUUUGUUGUUUGAAUGUAAACAACAAACCCUCAGACUCAUCAGAUUAUAAAUAUUCUGCAGGAUUUAAAGUGGAAACAGGUUAGAAAUAUCACCGCCUUAUCUCGGAUUGCUUAUAUUCAAGGCGUGAAGUUUGUGAAGGACAUUAACAAUAGUUUGUUUUUUCUUGGGGGGAAUUUCCAGUGGGAGCAAGUCAAAGAUUGUCAGGCAUGCUUGAUGUCAAGGAUCAAGAAAUAUCAAAGUACCACAGAAACCAGUUAAAUCAAAUUCACACUCAUAUGAACAGCAAUUUAUGCUUAAAUAGAGCAAUUUAAAUCUGAUUUAACCUGCAGGUGAUUCUUGCCUCCUUGCUAACAGGGAUUUAGUAAUUCCCUGGAGAUUUACUGGCAGUAUGAAAAAGAAAUGUCUUCCAAAUUACAGUUUCCUUAUCUGGUUUUGUAACAGAGGAACUCACCAAACCCACUUUGUCUCAUGGAUGAGGUGAAACAAGUCCUUUCAGACAAGAAAUCCAACAAUGGCGAUGCAUGGGUCUAAACGCUGGCCUAAUUUCCUCACCACACCUUUCUCUGUGAAAUCAUGGAUCUGUUUUUUCCUCUGAUUCGUUGUCUGUUUUUGUUUUGUGUAUAUUUACUGUCCCAGGACUCGAUGGAACACUUAAGUGCCGUUUUAGCGCAGUCAAACCAAGCACUUUAUCUGCCUACUGUAAUUCUAGAGCUAACUUUGCUUGACGGGUAUUUAAUGUAGAGAGAGGCGUGACCUAAAAUGUCUGACAGAGAGCAAGCGUGCAUUUGUCCUGAGCUUUCUUUGUGUUUAAACACGCUGCAGGCUCUCAGCAUACAGAUUAUGUCAUGGAAGAGGGAACAGAGCCAGGAUUGUAUAUUUUUGUCAGUUCAAAUGUUUAAUUGUUUAUAUUUUUAUAUAAUUCUGUAUAUUAUAUCAGAAACAACAAUGGUUUGUAAUGAUAUUUUGAACUAUUUGAUUUCAGUUGAGUAUGUAUUUUAAUAAAAAUGUGUGUUUUAUAAGUAAA